UGGUCUUGUGCACCCUUCUUAACUAAAUUAUAUCUAACUGCAUAUGGCAAAACAAUAACUAAUUUAGGGAAAAUCACAUAAGAAAUAAAUAUCUAUAUUACUAGAAAAAUUAUAGGGAAACUCUCACUCCCAGCUAUCUUUAAUUGUAUUUUUAUCAAUCCUCAACCCAAUGCACAUAGAUUGUGUGCUUAAAUAACACAUUUUAUGCCAAGACUAUCGAUCCUGACCCUUCCACUAAAUCUUUUCCCUAUUGAUUUAAAUCUAUUCCUAGCAACAUAUUCCUCUAUACCCUUGAAAUGUAUUGCCUGACUUUAAAACUCCAAGCAAGUAAAAUUGGAAAUUAAUAAAUACAAAAGUUAAAAUCGAGCAUCUCUAAGAUGCCCAAUCAGUAUUGACAGUUCUUACUUGUACAUUUCAGGCUCUUUCUUUCUCUGAAAGUCCAUAGGCAUGCUUAGUGAAGAUGAAAUUGUCCACGAAGCCUCUGUUAUUAACAGGGGAAUAUCAGAGACUCUCAACAUUACUGGAAACCGCCCACAUAGGGAUAAUAGCCAGAAUUUUAUAAACCUCAGAUCUUUUCUAGGGGCAAAGAGAAGACAAACACAGAGUCCAAAGAAAUAUUAUGAAAUUCUGAUAACCCUAGUGCUAACACCCUCCAGACAUGGAGAGACUGAUCUUCUGAGAACAUGGUUUGAUCCCACUUUCAUCAUAAUUUAUGGCUCCAAGUUUCAUAUGGGGGUAUCUAUCUAGAGAAGAGUAUUCCUUGGACUGCAGGGAAUAUAAAUUGCCAAAAUCAGAGAUAAGCUCUAUUAUAAGGCAUUACAAUAUGAAGAUAGAACAAAUCCGAGCUGGUAUUAAAAAUUUAAUUGAGAAAACAAAAUUAGAUACCAUCCUCAUCGAACUUAGUAGGAAGUUCUGAGAGCCUUAGCUAUACUCGGCUUUCACAGUUGAAGAUCUUCAGUAUUUUAUCAUCAACUCUGAGAAUGAUCCUGAUUCAAUGUUGUAGUCAACCUUGAGGAGUCUUCUCAAAAAGGAUUUGCAAAUAUCAUUUAAUAAAAUAAAUUGCUUAAAACAGUUAAUUGAGACAAACUCGAAUUGUAGAGAUCUUCUUGAGGCUGUUGGCAUCCAAUUCCUGAUACUCGAGAAGGGAAUCACUGUAGUUUAUGUAGAUGGGUUCAGAUUCUCAGACCUGCAUACACACCAGAACCAAAAGAGGAGCCCCAGGAUUCUACAAGUCAUUCCUCUUUAACUUUACAACAUCAUUUAUGAUUGCAGUUUUUAUUAAAGGGACUCAUGGUAUCAGCUCUAACAUGAAGACUUAUAACUCAAGAAAGUUUAAAUUCUUCCUGGAUAAGGUAGCCUAAAAUAUGAAUGUGGAGUAUGCAAUAGCUCUUGACGAUGAAAAGAUUCACAUUUAGAAAAUGAUGAAGAAGUUUUUAGAGAGCCAGAAGAUCUUGCUGGUAGUUAUCCCUCAGUAUUCACCUUUUAUAAACCCUUGAGAGAAAUUGAUCCUAAAAAUUAAGUCUCAAAUAAGAAAGCUGCAUAGAGUGGAAAAUGAGACCUAGCUAUCCUCAUUCAGGAGGGUAGUCUGCAAAAUUUCUGAAGAAGAGAUGUAGAACUGAGGGAGAAUGAGUUUUCAGGAAACCCUAGAGAUAAUAUCAUUGCUAAUUUUCUCAGUUGCAGUUUUUAAAUGAAUCUAGUAGAGCUAUGAAUAUUUGAAAUUUUGUAUUUUCGAAGUUUGAUCUAAGUACCAAAAUACUAAAGCAAUUGAAAAUGUCUCUGUGUAUUCCUAGUUUUAGAAUAAAAAUUAAUAAAGAGCUAGUUUUACAAGCUUACCUAUUACCGAAUUGGCUUCAGAUUCUUCAGAAACUUUGUUUCUGAAGAAAUGUUUGCUAUGCUUAAAAUAUGUAGUUGCUAUUAAAUGGAAUUUUUAUUUGCACCUGCUGAUGAACUCAGAAAAGAUUUGUCUCAGAGAUAAAUAUUUAUGAUGCUUUUAAAUAUUGGGAAUGUCAUUACGAUUAUAGUUAACCUGUCUCUCCCAUCCUACAGAAGGUGCUUCCUCAGGUUUUGGAGAAUUCCUCUAAAAAGAAAAGAAGGCAAGUGCAGCUGAACAUUUUUACUUUUAGGCUGUAAUGAACUAAGAAAUUGUCAUGAAGAAUAUUCCUAAAUUAAAAGAGUUGAACACAGUCAGUUUUUGGGAUUAUUUGAAAGAAAAUGAAGAUGUACAAUUUCAUAUCCCAGAUUAUAAGGAAAUUCUACUACAGGAGAGAGUUCUUAUUCGGAAUCUUGUGUACAAAUUAUCCUGUCAAAGUUGAGAAACCUAUUGAGGAGUCAUUUAAACAAGACGAUGUCAUCGAAAUCACACAGAUAUAAAAGAGAAGCAUAACAUCAUUAUUAAUUAUAAGUGCAAUCUUAUUUGAUAGGUUUUGAAAAUAUAUACUCCAAGAAGAGACUUGUGCUUGAGAAAAGUUAACAAUAUUAAUCAAAGAAAGCCCAAGUAGGAGCAUUAAUUUAAGCUAGAUCUCUGAGUUUUCAGAAAAAGCAACUACUUGAAUAAAUAUCACAAAAAUAUCAGGAAGCUGAGCACUGACUGCAAAGCCUAUGCAAAAUCAGACACUCCAAUGAGAGAAGACAAGAAAGAGAAAUAGUAACUUGCUUUAUUGUCCAUCAUCAGUCAGAAAAAUAAAUAUUUAUCUCCAGAGCAGCUAGGAGAAAGAAACUUCAGCAACAAGUUUCAAAGGACUGGGACUGAAAAUAUAUUUCUAUUAAAUUCUGGGAUAGCAUAGACUAGAGAGGGGAUCGGUGAGUAAUAUGCUUGUUUCAGCUAAAAGCUAUUAGGUUGAGCUUUUUAAUGAAUUCUGGGAUAAUCUAUAAAUUCUAAAAAUUCUGCAUCGUUUGGAGCAAACCAGAUCCUGGAAAGCACAUUAGGAAAAACAUAAUCCAACUUGAAGAUCCUGAAGCGAAAGAAAAGAUGAGUUUUCCCAGCUCUUGAGAUAAGAUAGAGCUAACCUAAAAAUUGAAGUUUGGCAUUAUCCAAAACCCUAUCUCAGAGCUCCUUAGCAAUUGGCAACAAUGAAAACUGAGGCAAUUGAAAUCUGAUUCUACAUGCAAAAGACUCGAUAACUUGGGAGAAGACAUCUAACACUAGCUAAAAAGAUUUACAAUACAAGAAAGA